UAUGUUUCGAUGAUGCGUCAAACGUCAACGAAGCCAACAUGUUAAACAUACUGCAACUUGGUGUUUUGGAAGGUUAAAAAAAAAUACAGUUUUCAGCCAAAGAUCGAGUUAUGAUACGUGAUAAUAACUGGGAUAAAAAUCAUGGAUAAAAUCAAAGACAAGGUCAUACAAGAAUUCAACGCCGAAUUGGGUUCGGAUUUAAAGAACCUUGGAAAAAUUCGUCAGCUACACGAGCGACUACAAGACGAGAGAAAUAAGAUCGAAAAAUCGCUUUCGCUAGCAUCAACGGAGGCUCCGUCAAAGGUAAAAGCAGCCAUAGAAGGAGUUGAUAGGAUAAACAAUGAAAUAGAUGAGAUGGUAAAAGUCAGCAAUGAUUUGGAACAAGUUCUAAUCGAACAGCUUCAGCAAGAUUCUAAAAUUGAUGGGAUUCGAGAUAACGUUGAGAAGAUAGGAGAACUUCAAAGAGCGUUGUCAUACUUGUACUUGGUCAAAUCCAUCGAGGAUAUAUGCGACGAAAUAGAGGGUUCUCUAUUAGUAAAGGAUGACAAGCUGACGAUAAAUCUGUACACUAACUUGACGGAAAGAAGUUCACAAUUACAAUCGUCCACUUGUCAUCAUCUCGUAACUUACCUACACGACACUCUUCACUUUUGGCAUAAUUAUCUCAAAGAUAAAUUCACAGCAGAAUACAACGAAAUUUUGAAGGCACUAAAAUGGCCGUUUUGUGGCAGCAAUUUGAGUCUUUCAACUACUCCUUCGCUAGAUGCAAUGGCGAGGUUCAGUACCGUUACGGAAUACUUGCUGCAACUACAGCUACCUGAAGAAACGACGAAACCUGCGGUCACCUCGUCGCUUUUAACCGAUUUUGUACCAGUGAGCUUGCCAAUUUUAUUGCUGAUUCGGCCCCUCAGACGUAGAUUCAUAUACCAUUUCACAGGCGCAAAGCAAACUAAUCGCUCGGACAAACCUGAGUGGUUUUUCACUCAGAUACUUACAUGGAUCAGAGAUCACGCCGAAUGGGUGAGGGUGAAUGUACAACCAAUUGUAAAUUCUUUGGGACUUGAUCGCAUCAAUGCUAAGGUCGAAUUCAUGCGAGGACUGGUUCAACUUGCUGUGGAAAAAUUAUAUUCAGAAUUACCAAACAUGCAGUACGACGAUGCUCUCUUUGCACAUCUAAUCGACGAGGCUCUAGGCUUUGAAAGAGAGUUGAGGGACACGUUAUUGUAUCCAGCUAGUCAACCAGCCACAGUUUUUGUACUAACUCAAGCACAGAUUUUUGUCAAAUGGGUUAAUAUGGAAAAGAAAUAUGCAACGGAAAAAAUGGACGCUAUUUUGAGCUCUGAGACUGCAUGGGAAAGGUUGAUGGGUACAGAUAUAGACGACAUGAAAGUAACGGAGUGCGCGGAAGCUUUUCUCACUCUUCUAAUGACUAUCACUGAUAGAUACAGUCAUCUGCCACAACCGGGUCACAGGUUACAAUUUCUCGAACUACAGCUAGAACUGGUGGACGAUUGGCGCGUUCGUUUGUUGCAAUUGCUGCACGAGGAUUACGAAGAUCCGCUGAUUUCCAUCAUUCCUAAAAUCUUGAAUACGCUGCACUACGUAUCUAGUGUUCUUACAGAAUGGGGUGCCACCCCGGACUUCUUGCGGCUUCACUAUUUCAAAAAACAGUCAGACGUUACAGAAUUAUCUGUAGAAAAAUUGGCUGAAACUUCCGAAAAUCCCGGGGACGAAGAUGGUUUUGUAUUCGACGAAGCUCUCGCAUUGCUACAAAGGAUGGAACGCGAGUUGGUGAAUGAAAUAACCGACUCUGUGGCACUGGAUGUGAAAGCUAAAAGCAGACCGUACAGAACUGACAAAUGGUUUGCAAUGCAAUCGGAAAAAGAAUUGGCGUCGUUGUCCGUAACUCCGAGUGGUUGUCCCAUGUUUCAAGAGCUGGCUGCUCGUCUCAACACGCUUCAGAACAUUCUUGCACUACCGUUGUUCAACAAGGCUUGGAGAAAUCUUGCAGCACAACUCGAUGAAUAUUUGCUCGAGGAGAUCGCUAUGGUCAAUCAUUUCAACUCUGGGGGUGCGGCUCAAUUACAGUACGAUAUUGUCAGAAAUCUCCUUCCGCUCUUUGGUUUGUACACAAACAAGCCAGAAGCUUACUUUCCGCUGAUCAAGGAGGCUACGAUUCUUUUAAACAUGGCGUUAGGUUCAGCGAUGCUGUUGUUACAAGCAUUAGAGGGCAACGAAGAUACGGCUGAAGUACUAGCGGAUGUCGGAGUUUAUAAAAUGUCCGAAGACAUAGCGAUGAUUGUCCUGCGAAACAGAACUGACAUAAGUUCGCAAUAACUAACAAAAAUGAGAAAAAGAAAUUUCUACUGUAAAUAGAUGAAGAAAAUUAAUGUUAGCCCAAAUAUUAUCACACUUUGGGUAUAUAAUAAUAUAAUGAUUUUAUUUGAAUAUUCUUCUUCUAUG